GUCUGUCAGUCUUCAGUGGCAGCGAUGGAAAAGAGUCCUUGCAGUGCUCCCUUGAUAGGCACAGUCCUCCCAUGAGGGAUCAGCAGUGUUUCUGCUCCAUCCAUUCCAUGGGUGCAUUUCAUUCCCGGAUUUUCCCUGCAUUUUGUCAUCGGACCUUGGGCAUGGUGGGCUGGCGGCAGGAAGUGCCACAAAGCUGGGGUCCUGCUGAGGGAAGAAGGUGGCAUUGAGCCAAUAACCUUCACUUGGCGUGUGUGAUGGUGACACACCUUUCCUGACUCACCCAAAGCCACCUUUGAAAUUCAAACCUGCCCUGAGUCUUUCCUAAUAAUUUAUUGAUAUCGGUGACCUUGUUGCUAAGGUCUGUGGACCCGAAAUGGGAGGUGAGACAAAGGGGAAGAGGUGGAGCACGGCUAGAGGCACUGGCAAAGCAGCCCUGGCCUCUCCGGUGCGAGGGCUCCUCUCUGCACAGCCCACACCAUGCUGGUGGCACUGCUUCUCCCCUUCCUGUGCCUCCUGAGCCCGGCUGCUGCUGGGAAGCUGCUGGUGAUCCCCAUGGAGGGCAGCCACUGGCUCAGCAUGAAAAAAGUGCUGCUCGAGCUGAGCAAGAGAGGGCAUGAAAUCGUGGUCAUUGCACCGGACAACACACUCCUGAUUGAUUCCUCGUUUGUCUACGAACUGAAAACCUACCCUAUGCCACUGAUGAAGGAGGUUGUAGAAGAACACAUUCGCUCCUUUACUUCAAAAUCUUUCAGCCAAGAGCCUUUCCUGGUGAGAUUCUGGAAGCUUUUGGCAGAGUAUCGGCAGAGCGGUGCCAUCUUUCAUGCUUCCUGCAAGUCCUUGCUGUACAACCAAGAGCUGAUGCAGUACAUCAGAGACAGUCACUUUGAUGCCCUGCUCACGGAUCCCGUGUCACCUUGUGGGCAGAUCAUUGCCCUGCACUUCUCCAUCCCCAGUGUUUUCUUCCUGCGGCUGGUUCCGUGUGCCUUCGAGGUUCGCGCCGCUCAGGGCCCAGACCCACCAUCCUACGUGCCACGCAUGUUCUCGGGAAACACCGACCACAUGACCUUCUCCGAGAGGGUGAAGAACUUCCUGAUUGCCCUUUCCGAGUCCUUCAUCUGCAACAUUGCCUACUCUCCGUUUGAAGAGCUGGCCUCAGAGUUCCUCCAAAAGCCAAUGACAAUGACAGAGCUUUUAAGUCAUGGAUCCAUCUGGCUGAGGAGGAUCGACUUUGUCUUUGAGUAUCCCAUGCCUGUCAUGCCCAACAUGGUUUUCAUUGGAGGCAUCCACUGUGGAGAGAAGAAGAAGCUGUUAUCUCAGGUCAGUGGCUGGCUGGGAGAGCUUGUGGCAGUCACACCUCUGCCUGAUCCAAGUGAGGUGUUUGAUAAGGAUGUAUCUUCUCUCUCCCGGAGGGAGACUAUUCACAAGAGCCUGAAGUGA